AACACACAAAAUCAUUGGCCUUCCACCGAUCCCGGCCACCGAUCCCGGGCACCGAUCAUCUGAAUACUACACACAAAACCCCCAUCACGAACAGCAGAUUCACUGAAAGUGUGAACAGAGAUAGACGAUAAAAGAAUGUCAGAGAACUUCGAGCUGACUUUAUAGAGAGGGGUGGGAUUUUUUUGUUUCUUUUGGUUCUUUUGUUGCUACUGAAGAGAUGAACCCGAGCAAAGUUGAAGAAGACAUUUUCGACCACCAUUUGAGCCCGCACCACCACCACAUCCUGAAUCAAGCUCAGCCGCCGGUUAUAGACCAACGCGCCGACGAAGACGAGCCUUUUGCUUUCCACGACCUCGUCCUCUUCCGCGACGACGACGAUGACGACGACGCCAGCCAUACCUCAUCGGAAUCCGAGCUUCCCCUCAUCCACCGGAAUCGGCAUCAGUCCUCUUCUAACCCGCCAGCGCUCCUGCAGACACGGAAUCAGUCGAAUUUGGACGAAUCCGUCUUCCGAAGCCCUAACCCUAGCCCCAAUUUGGGCGUUGAGAAGAGGCAUCGUUAUGAACCCGGAUACGUCAGCCCGGACCCACACAUCUCCUCCCAAUUCUACACAUUCAACAAGGAAUCUCACUCUCUGAUGAUACGCUGCCUCUUAGAAGGCCGCCCUGCAACUCCAGAAGAAAUCCGCGCCGCCAACCCUGCCUCCGUCCUCUCCAGCUGGCGCGCUGUUUGGAAGGACCGCAAUGAAGACACCGCCUACCUUACUGCCUGGAAGCGUAUCCAGGACAAGCUCAGCGCACAUGUCAACACCUCCAAUGGUAAUGAGUACUUGUACUUCAAGAACAAUUCCAAUCAAUGUGUUUCGUAUGUUGACCAGUGGCAUGGUAUAGUCACUCAUUUCCAUUGCGAUGCUGAAUCUAAGCACUUAGGUCUCAAGGAAACCCUUGAAAGAAUCAAACAAAUGUGGACUGUAGGUGCAAAGUUCUAUGGUAUCCCAGAGAGUUAUAUUAGAGUGUGUUUGUCUGAAUGUCCGGUUUGCCUAGAUGAAACAUCUGGGUGCGCCCCGCGUGGCAAACGACGCAGGUUUGAGUACACAGAAUCAAUUGAUGUUCCGGCUAAAGAAGUUCCCACUCGAUUACAACAGUUAGCUGCAAAACAUAAGGUUGUAUUGUGUAUAAGGCAGAAGUACAUUCGGUAUAAGCCGUUCAUGGCGGAGGUUAAAGAUUACACAUGUCACCGAGCGGGUGAGCCGGCAUCCUCAAAAAAAUCAAAGCUUUUGAAGAGAGAGCCUUACAUGUCGAAACGGUGUGGGUGUGGGUUUCGGAUUCGGGCGAUCGUCCCAAUAUCAAACUAUAACGAGAAAGAUAAGACUUUUGUGUAUCAAGAAGAGGGUAUGGCUGUUUUUAAGCUAUAUGCAGUGCAUUCGGGGCACCAGCCCGGCCCAUCUGAUGGGAACGCAAGAAUCAUGCACCGUGUUGUUGGGCAUAAAGGAGGCUUCUUGAUGAUGGAUCAAGAAACAAUUUAUGGGGUGAGAGAAGAAGUAGAUAAUGAGGAUUUUGGGGAUAUGCAGCACUCGGUUUUGCAGCAAUUGCAGGAGGCAAGAAACGAGAUCGAGCUUAUGGAAGGGCAAAUCGGGAAGUUACCUGAUGAACUUUUGUGUUCAGCUUCUCGGGAGCUGCUUGAUAUUGUAAGUAAGCUUAAAAGUGUUAGAGAGUGCUGUUCAUCUAAGUCAAAUGGAAUUGGUGUGAUCCCUGACAAACACGAUACAGAUGAUGUCAUGGUGGGGGGAAAUGAUUUGGUCGAUUGGGGUGGUGGUCAUCAUCAAAGGUUGUAUGAUGAUGGAAAGGAAGCUGAGUUUAUUGAAGAAGAUGAAGACAGCUUUGGAAGAACACUCGGGGAAGUUGCUUCUUGGGAUCAAAUGAGGACAGUUUGUAAGUCAGACAAGCAACAAUUGAAAGGCAUCGAGUUUGAUGAGAAAAGCUUUCUUGAUUCCAGGGAUUCAAAAUUGACGAAACCCUUGCUAAGGCAUGAUGAGAGUAUAGAUACUGAUGUAGGAUUUGUUGUCGAAAAUUUCUAUGAAAAUCCUAAAUGGUUUGAUUCACCAUGUGGGUUAGACUCCGGAGCAGAUUGUGGUGACAGUGAAUUCAGGCCUGGGGGAAUUGUUUAGAAAUACACUCAAACUGACAUUUAUUUUUUUUCCUUGGUGUUAUUCUUCAUCCGUUUGAAUUGUUGAAAGUGAGUUGUACAUGUGUAUUUAAACAAAAAGAUUGAUGGUUUUCGUAGCAUUUUAGUUGUCUUUCCUGAUAAUAUUUUUAGUUUGUGUAGGUAAAAAAUGUAAACUUUGGUUCUUGAUUUGGAUAUCUCUGGCUGUCCUUUCUUGCUAUUGUUAUUAAUAUAAUGUUUUUUCCCAUAUCUGUC